UAUCUGUCUGGCAGGCAUUCGACGAAAACCAAUGCUCUACAGCAUGGUACAAUAUGUCGUGAGACGCAUGCUUUCAGCAAAACGGCGUUUCUUCGGCGACGUCCUUCAAUAAGCAGGAACCAAGCUCCUUUUUGUUCUGACCCGACCACAUGACGGAUUGCGUACGCACCCAAGCAUUUACACUCGGAUCAUAUCCCAGAAAAAAACUUUUUGUGUUGCGUUCUCCACUUGCAAUUAUUGCACUGUCGAAUCUGUCAGUCUUAGCGGCAGUUACAUGGCACAGAAUCUGGUGCUCCAGGUAUCCCGGCUCAUUCGAGUACUUGUCGAUACUCACACACGAAGUCGCCCAGCGGCGCAAUCUUGCAAUUCCAGAUUGUCACGUAGUAGCUGCCGACCGGGAACUGCCUGCUCCCACAACGUUAUCCACGAUCAUGAACGAUGCUCAGUGUAGCCGGCCGUCCGCGCACUAGGCAGCCCCACAGUAUCAGACGAGCGAGACGCAACGAUCUCCCCCAAUAUCAGCCCCUACUGUGUCGCGCUCUAGCAUCCGCCCUGCGACACUACGCUAAGCCAACGCUCCCCAUCCCUCCCAUCAA